CUCAAGCAAAUCCAAGUCGGUAUUCCGUGUUUCUUUUGUUCGCUGGACUCGGUAGUAGCCGCGAGGGCGCGCAUAUGCUGACGGGAUCGCCCUCCUUUAGAUGUGUGAGGGCGCCAUGGUGCCCCCUGUGACAGGGCCAGGCCAGAGCACUCAUUCAUCGGUGCAGUUCCUGAACAACGUCCUCUCCCAAAGGGGCCCUUCCGCCCUGCCCUACGAUGAAGAUGUGAAAUGGCUCAUCAGGCAACAUCUGGUCUCUGUGAUUCAAGAAUUCCCUAGCCUCCAGGCCAAGACUGCAAUGUUCAGCCAUAACGAUGGGAGAACGAUGAAUUUGUUGCAGGCAGAGGGAACAGUGCCUAUGUAUUACCAGGAUGUGAUGUACAAUAUCCCUGUUAUCAUCUGGCUUUUGGAGUCAUACCCCCGCCAGCCUCCCUGUGUUUAUGUGACUCCCACAAGGGAUAUGAUCAUUAAGAGCGGACAUCCACAUGUCAACGCAUCAGGUAUGGUUUCAAUCCAUUAUUUGCAAGCAUGGGUAUUUCCUAGCUCUAAUCUUGUAGAUCUAGUUAGGAAUUUGAGCCUCUUGUUUGGUCAGGAUCCUCCCCUUUAUACAAAACAGAGUGCCCCACAGACUAGGCCUUCACCUCCUCCUCACACUGCUCAAUCUGUACAGAUGAAUCCAAUACAGAGUUCCCACAUGACAUCCACUUCAUUACCUCAUGGUUCUAAUCCUAAUGCCCAGGGUGCCCUUGUUAGGCCUCCUGUACCUGGGCCCAGGGGCGGUUACAUUUACAACAACCAUAGACUUCCACCCUCCCCUCAAAGGCCCCCCCAUAUGGAAGAUCCAUCAGAAGUUUUUAAGAGGAAUGCCAUCAAUAAAUUGGUAGAAAUGCUGCAUAAUGACAUGGCUGAAUUGAGAAAAACAACGGAGGUAGAGAUGGAUGGAUUGUUCAAUACUCAAGCGGUAUUGCGACAGAGAGAGGAGCAGCUUGAGAGGGGGUUAAGGGAAAUGCAGGAGGAGAAAGAAGGGUUGGAGCAGCAAUUGCAAGUGACUCUAACAAACACUGAUGUGUUAGAAACAUGGUUGAGGAAUAACGAGGAUAAGAAGAGGGACACUAUUGAUAUUGAUAAUGUCUUUGAGCUUUGUGAUGCUCUAUCAAAGCAGAUGCUAGAGUGCAGUGCUGCAGAUCUGGCUAUUGAAGACAUUUUAUACUCCUUGGAUAAAGCUGUUCAGGAGGGUACAAUUCCUGUUGAUGCUUAUCUGAAGAAUGUGAGAGCACUGUCCCGGGAACAGUUCUUUCAACGUGCAACUGCUGCAAAAGUUAGAGCUGCACAGAUGCAGUCCCAAGUUGCUAGCAUGGCAUCUAGGGUCUCUUAUAUUUCGUAAUUCAAAGUUGUGAAAAUUAAACUCCCCUCAUAACAUGGGGUUUGUGUAUCAGCUUUAGCAUUUUAAUUUCUCACAUCAAGUAUGAUUAUAAGGUACCAUGUAACAUUAAAAUGUGGGGCUUUGGCAUGAGUUAGUUAUUUUAUAGAAUGUAUCACAUAUUAUUUGAAAAUAUAAGACAAAGAACGACAAUAACAUUUAGGCAUAGAGAGGGGAGGGCGUUUCUGACAUUGAUGAAUAAGAGCAGAAGGUAAUCGCUGGAUUUGUGUGUCAAGCAUGAAGUUACUGAACAUACCAAUUGGUCUAACUCUUGCACGGUGUCGUACAUGAUAUAUGGACCUUUUCAAUUAAUGUAUAUUCUAGCCUGAACAUAAGUAUGUGUAUUAUAUUGUUAUGUCCAUCACAGCAUGGAUCAAGUUUUGUUUGUAAUUUACCAUUAAAUGUUAUAUUGUAUGACUUGAGUAUAUUUUUCA